AUGGCUAAUAAAAACACAUCCGUCCUAGUGAUAGGAGCAGGCCUGGCUGGACUGGCAGCUGGGAAUCAUCUCAUCAAAGGCGGAAUAGUACGUGUCACUGUUUUGGAAGCAGACAAAAGAAUCGGCGGAAGAAUCCACUCUAAACGGUUUGGUGACGGGGUGGUUGAAUUAGGCGCAACUUGGAUACAUGGAAAAGGCCCGGUCAAUGACCUAGCCGAAACCUUGAACCUCAUGGAAAAUGCUGUUGAAGAUGAUGAAUACAAUGGGAGUUAUAUUGCUUCCAAUGGGAAAUCGUGUAAAAACGAACUUGUAAAACGAGCAAUAGAUGAGUUCAGAAAAAUAAUAAAGGACAUCUACAAAUCUUCAGAAAUACGCGAAUCUCCUUAUCGCACCAUGCAGGAUUAUAUGCGAUACUACUUGGAACAGAUACUCCACUCAGUGCCUGAUGAGGACAGAGAUGAAUUCAGGGACAUUUUCAGAACUCUUAUGAAAGUGGAGGAAGAAAAUCAUGGUGCUGGUCUAGAUGACAUAUCGUUGCAAGUUGUUCCUGAUAUCAAUAUCAUCACCCCUGGCAAGAAUAACAUUUUCGCUGGCAGUUAUUAUGCUUUGAUAACGGGAUUGGCACAUACAAUAACGGACGAAAGAAUCCAUCUGGAAACGGAAGUUGUCAACAUCGAUUACACCGAUCCUCUGGAGGUCAAAGUUCGCUGCCAGACGAGGAACGGCAUGAAGAUAUACACGGCGGAUAGCGUGAUAGUGACUACCUCUCUUGGCGUUCUGAAGCAAAACCAUAAAAUCCUCUUCAAUCCUGGCCUCCCACAGGAAAAGGUUCAGUCGAUAGAAAAGCUUGGAUAUGGGGUAGCAAACAAAGUUAUCCUUUAUUACAAAACACCGUUCUGGAACCUAGGGAUAAAUAUGAAGCUUGUUUGGCGAGACGAAAAUGUUGGUUCAAACAACAAUCUACCAGACUGGACUCGAUGUCUGUAUGCUUUCAACUCUUUUGUUACUAAUCCAAAUACACUGGAAGUCUGGUUGUGUGGCAAGGCGGGAAAAGACAUUGAAACUACUCCCGACGAUGUUAUUGCACGAGUACUGACAGCUGUUCUGAGACAGUUUCUCAACGACCCAACUGUGUCGGAGCCUGACUCGAUCUAUAAGACCACUUGGUUCUCGAACAGACUAUUCAGAGGUUCAUACACAUAUAUGAGAACGGGAGCUUCAACGAAUUGUAUCCACAAAUUGAGUUCACCUCUUGUUGACAAGAACAACAAGCCUGUCGUACUAUUUGCCGGCGAGGCUACCGAUGCUGUCUAUAUGUCAAUGACACAUGGGUCUCUGAAUUCAGGCAUUCGAGAGGCUGAAAGGCUUCUUAUGAUAUAUAAGUAG